AAAGGGGUGAGAUUUGAGAAAUAGGAGGGGCUUCUAAACGACUAGAAAUGUCAAUCUGAGCAAGGGAGUCCCAAUAAUCUAAAGCAAUCUGUAAGGACCUGACCUUAGUCCAUCCAGAUCAAUAGGGAAGUGAGGGUGGAAAGAAGAAGAAGAGGAAGAAAUAAGGGGCGCAACCGGAUCGUUUACACUGGCUGUUCCCGAGGAAAUAUAGACUUCCCUUGCUUGCACCUUUUGUUGCUCACAUGCUCACACUGUAAAAGUGGAUAUCGAGGCAAUUCCCCUUGCUUUGUGAGAUUGCAGCAGAGCUUUCCCCCCUUUUCCUGCCACCAUGUCUUUCCCUCAGCUGGGAUAUCAGUACAUCCGACCGAUAUACCCGCCGGAGCGCCAGGGGAUCGCCAACAAUGCCCGGGCCGGGACAGAGCUCAGUCCGUCCGGCGCACUCUCCAACGUCCUCUCCUCUAUGUAUGGAUCUCCUUUCGCCGCGGCAGCGCAGGGCUAUGGAGCGUUUCUGCCCUAUUCCAACGACAUAUCCAUUUUCAAUCAGCUGGGAGCUCAGUAUGAACUGAAAGACAGUCCCGGUGUCCAGCACCCAGGCUUCUCCCAUCAUCACCCUGCUUUCUACCCAUACGGCCAGUACCAUUUCGGUGACCCAUCCAGACCCAAAAACGCCACCAGGGAGAGCACCAGCACCCUGAAGGCCUGGCUCAGUGAACACCGCAAGAACCCCUACCCAACCAAGGGCGAGAAGAUCAUGCUGGCCAUCAUCACCAAAAUGACCCUCACCCAGGUGUCCACCUGGUUCGCCAACGCCAGGAGGAGACUAAAGAAGGAGAACAAGAUGACCUGGGCCCCCCGGAACCGCACCGACGAAGAGGGGAAUGUUUACAGCAGUGAUCACGAGGGGGAGGAGGGGGACAAGAGGGAGGACGAGGAGGAGAUCGACUUGGAGAACAUCGACACGGAGAAUAUUGAGAACAAGGACGACUUGGACGACCAGGACGACCUGCAUUCAGACAUUAAACUCGACGGAAGGAGUGACUCUGAGAUUUCUGACAGCUAUGAGGAUUUACAAGGGCCCGACCAGAGGUUUCUUAAGGCCGUGCAGGGCAAAGAUGGCAAAGACGUGGAGAGAGGAGGAGAGCACUUCCACAACCAUCACCACCACCACCACCACCAUCAGCACCACUCUCCUUUGACCAUCAAAGCGGCCCAGCCAAACGAAGAACAGCUCAAACUGAACCAGGUGUCCGGCGUGAGCUCGCCGCCCUCGGAAAACAACCCUGCCCCGGUCCAGAAGCCAAAGAUCUGGUCUUUGGCAGAGACAGCCACGGCUCCUGACAAUCCGCGCAAAUCGCCACAAAUGAACGGCAGCAACUCGGCAGGCCCGGCUGCCCAGACCAUUAUAACCCCGCACAGACUCAUCUCCUCUUGUCCCGUUGGGAAAAUCCAGAACUGGACGAACCGGGCCUUCUCAGCACAUCAGCUGGCUUUACUGAACUCUAACCAUUACCUGGGACUGGCAAACCAGGCCACAGCCACCGGCCUGGCCCUGUACAGCAGUAGCAGGCAAACGGAGGACAAGAGUCAUAGUUCAGAGACUCCACUCACAGGUACAUGUUCCCGACACUGAGACGCGCAUGUAUAAAUAGGCCUCACUUCAAAAACAAAGACACUAGUUCCCCAUUUCCCACCGUCAUUCAAUUCUAUUAUUUUAGACCCUUCUUAUGCCUUCUUCAUCUUCUUCUUCGUCAUUUUCUUCUUCUUCAUUGCCUCUUUGUGGAUUUAGUUUCUUUCUAUAGGCCACACGGAUGAACAGUGUUACAGUGCGCGCGCGUGUGUGUGUGUGUGUGUGUGGCUGCUUAAAAACACAGAGAGCAUUUAAGAAAACGUGGAUUUGUGCGACAGCUGUUCUUGUCGUUUAUUUUGAUCUUUUCAUUUUUUUUUAUUUUAUUUAGUGUACACACACACACACACAC